GACGGCGCGGAGAAGGAAGAGGGAUUUGAAACGCCGAAAUUUGGCAAUCGGCAUUAGAGACGCCGAGGUAUAUAUCUCGCUCGGUACAUGUGCAUACCAGACGUUGUAAAGCAUUCAUAUCCGUUACACCUAGCCCAACGACGCUGUGACGCGAGAGUUUCGAAACGUUUUGAAACGACAGAUGAAGAGAAAUAAAGAAGGACAGUAAAGUAAUAAAGAGAACAGCGAAGGAAUUGAACAGAGAUAAGGAACUAUAAAAAAGAAAACAAAAAUAAAAAAAAAAAGAUACGAACUCGAAGCCGCGAACGGCUAAAAGGAAACGAACGGGAGAAACAAAAGCGAAACGUAAUAAGUACGAGUGUAAAAAAAUAAUCACAACAAUUCAUAAACACAGUGAAAACAAAAUACGGAAAAAAGAAUAUCAUGAGUGAAAUAAAAAACGAAGAUCUUCAAGAGCUGCUUGUCCAUUUUGCUAAAAAUACUUAUCGUGCCAAAGAUGCUGACAGUACGAGUCAAGCGAUAAUGCAGCGAUGCCUGCUAAUUUCCGACAUCGAUUACUCACAUUCUGUGAUAAGCAAUAACGGUGGUGAGCUUAGCGCUCAUUAUCCUAGUCAAAUGAUCCUUUUCGAAAAUGAAAAAACCAGAAGUUCUAAUUCCGAUUCACCGACGCCACCGCCUAGGACGACAGAUACUAUCUAUGAGAGCAUGUAUGAUAUCAAUAAGCUCAGGGAACUUAUGAAAAAUGCAAGAUUCGCAAGAUGCAGGUCCAGGUUUCCCUUGCCGGUCAUACUCUACAAAGGGAAAUAUAUCUGUCGUUCCGCCACGCUGUCUGGUGGACCUGAAAUUUACGGCAGGUCUGGUCUGGACUAUUUCUUUUCGGGUAACGACGGUGCCAACUCUCUCCCUCCUGAAGAAGAGGUCGACGAGGCUACUGGCGGAGAAUUGACUUCUGGAGACUGGCAGCUGUUUGACAGAGUCAGAAGCCAUGAUAUAAGACUGCUCAAAACUCUCAAUGUUGGGACUAUCGUUGACUUUAUGGUAGAAAAGAAGAAGGUGAAAUUUGGCAUGAAUGUCACGUCUUCGGAGAAGGUCGACAAGGAGAAAAGGUACUCAGACUUUACCAUUAUCUCACUGCCAUAUCCUGGGUGCGAAUUCUUCAAGGAAUACAGAGACAGGAACUACAAUGGGAAGGGCCUCGUGUUCGACUGGAGCCAAGCUCAUGUUGAUGCGACCAUUGGCGUUCCAGAAGAUCCAGUCUCCACUCCGCUCAGGGUAAAUUGGGACCAGUACAAAAUCUGGGAUCUAGUCCAGCUAACGCAAAACUACAUGAAGCUCGUUUUACGUUAUUUAACCGACAAUGGAAGCGGUUUAUUAAUCCAUUGCAUUUCUGGGUGGGAUCGAACUCCAUUGUUUGUCUCGCUGCUCAGACUAAGCUUAUGGGCAGACGGAAUGAUCCACCAGUCACUGGACGCACACCAAAUACUUUAUUUCACCAUAGCGUAUGACUGGAUGUUGUUCGGCCACAACUUAGAGGACCGGCUCAGCAAAGGAGAAGAAAUAUUCUUCUUUUGUUUUUCUUUCUUGAAAAACAUAAUGGAUGAGGAAUAUAGCAUAUUGGGUUCACGCUGCUCAAAGACUAAACACCCAGUACUUAGAAACGACAGUGAUUGCCAACUAGACAACGUCAUGUCUGAUAACGAAUCCUUUGUCACGAUUAGUUCGGUUAGCUCAAAUUUAAGCCUCAACAGUUGGUGCAGUUCCGCUAGUCAAAAUAGUCGCGAUAGUCAAGACAACAAUCCACCUGCUAUCUCUACGGUUUCCCCUGUCAACGAAGGCCAGGAAGAAUCUCAAAAUAAUGGAAACACGGUUCCACGGACCUUGCACACUACCCACAAUCGGGAGAGUAGCGGAUUGGGGCCGCGUUCGCCUUUGCCGCAGACUCGAACAUCUCCUGUCGCCGUACCUGUUUCAGGAAGGCUUCGACAGAGAAAUGAAUCCACAUCCUCAGUCAGCGGAGGCUCUUGGCAAAUAAUAUCAGGUACCGGAAGUCUCCGAGGUUCAACAAUGGCCAAUUCUUCCGGAAGCGAAACUACUUCUGGUGCCUGUUCAACAGUUUGUAGACCAAUGUGCGAAGUUUGUCCUGGACAAUUAUCGCAUGAUUCUAGCUGCACCAUUACGGAAGAUGGCCUGUCCCAGACCACUCUUGAUCACCUUACGCAACGGAAAGAAAGACUCCACAACGUAAGAACGUUAUUUUACAACGUCUACUGUUCGGCGAUCGGGUUCAAGUUCAAAGACGGCGCGGAUUCGGCACUGGGUAAUCUGUUGGGUAAUUUUGCCGAAAAGGUUGGAAUCCUUUCAACGCAGCGUACAUCGUUGUGACCUAAGCCGUUGAUCAUCGUGACAUCUUAGCUUCUUCCCCUCAUCAUGCUAAUCACAAAUAAUUAAUUUAUCGUUAUUGAUUCUUCUUUGAUUCAACUGAGAAAAUUUUAUUAAUAUCAUUAUUAUUCACCUGACUAAAAAGAGUGACGUGCACACAUAUUGAUAACUCACCAUUGUUGCUGACGUGUAUAUCAUCAUCAUGUAUCGCGAUUGAAACGUGUCGUGUUCGGCUUACGUAUACGUCUCAAUAAGACUUGUUAUUUUUGUAUAUAAUAUAUCGUACGUUAUCCUUUUUAUAAUAAUCGAAGUCUUUGAAUCGUUCGCGCGCCUAAUAAUUAACACAUAUAUAAAAUAACGUUUACAAUAUUACACGUACGUACUUGUAUUUAUUAUUAUAGAAUUCGAAAAUAGUAUCGUUGAUCACAAAAAGAAGAUUCGGGAUCGAGUCAUCGACUCGCUGUAUAAUCGGUGAAUAUUAAUACAAUUUUUCAUGUUAUUUAAAUCAUUUUCACGUUAUGAGGUAUCCGAAAUUCGAAGAAUAUUCUUAGAAUUAGGAAACACCAGAUCCACGUAGUUAGCUAGCUAGUUGAUAACGGGAAUAAAAAUGUGAAUUCUGAGCUGGGGAUUGAAAACGUCAUAGACCAAAUGAACCGCAGACCUAUUGAUGACAAACAAUUAAAAAUCUAUUUCUACUGCAUGAGAGGACGUUAUCGCAAGAUUAAAGAAGAAUGAAAUUGUUAUUGUAAAAUGAAAAGUAAUGGUAAUUCAUAAUUGGCUUGUAACAUAUUAUACCAAAUUGUACAAUAUUUGUAAAGGGAAUCAUCGUUUCUUCCGUUGUUAAAAAUUGCAGGCACUAAGCCUUGAACUAAACUAAGUACGUGAAUUAGAAUAAAACAUUUAUCUACUUAACACGAACUACCUAUUCCAUAUUGAAAAGUUUACGAUAAAAAUCGAGCAACAUGGACUAUGAUAUAGCACGUAUAACCGUUGUAAUGAUAAAAAAAUGAACAUACGAACGGCAAAAACAUGUUUCACUUAAAUUCUGAUUUCAAAUAAGAUUGAAGAUUUUUAAUUUAUUUCUUGUGUACAAUGUAAUUUGGAGAAAAAAAACUUUUUUUUAUAUAUUUUAAUCAGAUCUGA